CAACCUCUGAGCAACAUAGUGAAUUUGAACACAGUCGCGAUGCAGGACAAUCGACCGGAAUUGUAUGAGGAAGUGAAGGUGUACAGAAAUGCUCGAGAACGUGAGAAACACGAUAAUAUGGCAGAACUUUACGCCGUGAUAAAUACACUGCAGAACCUGGAGAAGGCAUACAUUUGGGACUGUAUCACUCCGCAAGAGUACACAGCCUCAUGCAGUAAAUUCCUGGUUCAGUACAAGGUGGCCUUCAAGCAGAUUCAAGGAGCUGAAUUUCCCAAUGUAGAAGCUUUCGUGAAAAAGUUCCGACUGGACUGUCCAGCUGCUCUGGAGCGUAUCAAGGAGGACCGUCCGAUUACAAUUAAGGACGACAAGGGGAAUACCAGCAAAUGCAUCGCAGACAUUGUCUCGCUCUUCAUCACGCUCAUGGAUAAGCUCAGGCUGGAGAUCAAGGCAAUGGAUGAACUACAUCCGGAAUUGAGAGAUCUGGUGGAUACCAUGUCCCGGCUAUCGCUCAUUCCGGAGGACUUUGAGGGACGCGUGAAGGUGUCCGGAUGGCUCAGCACGCUCAAUGCUAUGCAGGCAUCCGAUGAGUUAUCCGAGGCUCAAGUGAGGCAACUUCUUUUUGAUCUUGAAUCCUCAUAUGCUGCCUUCAACAAUCUCCUGCACUCCACGUAACCCAUUUAUAGUAUAAAUAUAUUUGUUAAUUAACUACUCAAUAAAGGACUUGACGAAGAGUCACAAUAAAUAGGAAAA